AUGUCCAACACACUUCGCCCAUAUCUUACUGCUGUUCGCUCCACUUUGACUGCCGCUCUUUGCUUAGAGAACUUUUCUUCACAGGUAGCAGAAAGACAUAAUUAUCCCGAAGUGGAAUCAAGCAAGUCAAAAGAAGUCUUGUUGAAUCCUUUAAUUAUCAGUCGAAAUGAAAAUGAAAAAGUACUGGUUGAACCAUCUGUUAAUUCUGUACGUGUCAGUAUCAAAAUUAAGCAAGCUGAUGACCUUGAACGUAUAUUAUGUCAUAAAUUUUCACGCUUCUUGAUGAUGAGAGCAGAACACUUUGUCAUUUUACGUCGAAAGCCGAUUGAUGGAUAUGAUAUAUCUUUCUUGAUUACGAAUAACCACACUGAGCAAAUGUAUAAGCACAAGUUAGUUGACUUUAUUGUUCACUUUAUGGAAGAAGUAGAUAAGGAAAUAUCAGAGAUGAAAUUAAGUGUCAAUACUAGAGCAAGAAUAGUAGCUGAAAGUUAUCUGGUUCAAUUUGCUUAA